GCCGAAAAUUACGAAAUCUUCAACUUCUCGGCGAAGCGUUUACAAGAAGAUAGUACAAGCAACGAACUCGUCUGUUAAUGUCAGCUAGUUUCCUUUCCUUCCCACUGUGAGUCAUUCAAACUGAAGCUUUCAAACCCUAGAAAUGGCGUAAAGGGAUCAGAAAUGAGAGGAUAAUUGCCAAAAGCAAGUGGUGAAAAACACAGGCAGACGAGGUAAGCCCUUUGCCUCUUUUUUUUGACAAAAAGAUGUUCAGGUGCAUGCAUGUGGGAUUUUGAGGUGACAAGAAAGUCUUGUGGAACAUCAACUAACAAAUGCUAUGACAAGUCCAGGAAGUUCGCAUAGACGGCACAUUCUCUUGGUUGCAUGCGGAAAUGAAUAUGCAUCAAAAUUUGACACUCUCACUCUCUGUUUCCUUGAUUGGGCAGAGGUCAAGGCAGUGGCCACUGAUAAUGCCUUACAAUUCCUUGAUAAGUCAACAUUUCCUAGUAGCGUGGACAUACUAACAACUGAAGAUGAUUGGUUUCAAUGGGUGAUGCUAGGUGAUGAUAUACUUCAUCUUGAACUUUGCAAAUGGGCAGAUGCUGUGGUUAUUGCCCCAUCAUCAGCAAAUACACUUGGCAAGAUUGCGAAGGGUCUAUGUGACAACCUGUUGACAAGUGUGGUGAGAGCAUGGGACUACAACAAGCCGCUGUUUGUUCUUCCUUCAAUGAGCAUCUCUCAAUGGAACAAUGGUUUCACCCAAUCCCAUCUCGAUACCCUCCAAAGACUCAGAGUCAAGGUUAUCCCUCCAAUUCACGAUUUAACGGAUUGUACGAGUGCUGCUCUGAAUGAACCUAGUGCCAUCUCAGACUUUGUCAAGAACUUUCUUGAGAAUCAAGCUCCUGAUGCUUGAGCAUUGAGAUAACAGAUACCAAGCUGUUGAGUUUGUACUAGUAUAGAAUAGUGUUUUGAGAUUUUAUAUUUGGGUCAGAGUGACUGUAGUGUCGAGUUUUAAAUCAGCUUGUCACAUUUCAUAGUCUGCUCCCUUUAUAUUGGAAUGCUGUUUUUUCUUCUCUUGCAUGAGAUUCAAUUCUGAGCUUCUGAACAGUACCAACUUUAUUGACUGGCAUCAUUUGGGACACGAAAAAUAUCAAUUGUUCUUUUCAAUAAAAUCACCAAAUUCUUCAAUUAAUA